GAUGAUGAUGGGGUUGCCGCCUCUUUCGGACAACAUGCUGUUGACUUGAGACACGUCAUUGGACGAAGCUCCUUCCCGUUGGGUGGAGUUAGUGCCUUGCAUUCGUGCGCUAGAGGGCACCUGAGUGGGCGACGACCCCAAACUCCUUCCUUCUUUGGCAUCAAGAUCGGAAGCAUGAAACCUUAUCUAGGCGGCACCCGCGCGGAUCACGGCGUAACAACUCGGGGCAAGAAUGGAGGGAGCCCACCUCAACCACGACAGGAACUCAGAUAUUUGUGUGUAUCUGCGUACUGCCUGCUCGAUAACUUGACCACCCCGCAUCUUCUGUGCUACCUGCAAACUUCACCUUUCGUUCAACACCACGUUGCCAUUUUCAAAAUCCACGAUCCCAACGACAACUGAGAAGAUGUCCAAGACCGGUUCCAUCAGUCUACAGGUCCUUCGGGACAGUCCCGUAGAGGCAGGAGAAACCAACGCGCAGAUUGUUGAUGCUUUGGAGGCUGCGCUCAACGUCAACGAUGAUGCUCUCAUUCCUCAGGCUGCCAAGCGUCUCGCAGAGCAGCUAGACAGCACCAUACUCACACGCGACGACCCUGCGGACAAGGAAUCGGAGGUUGAGAACGCUCGAUAUAACGUAUACACCACCUUGUUGGCAGCAGUGCAACAAGUGCCCGCCGAUCAUGAAGCGCAUCGCCGGUUCGCUCUGGUCCUACGUGAUUUGGCUGGCCUGGAUGGACAUCCUGCAUGGCAGCGCUUGGAGGGCUUCGCCAUCUGCAACCGAGAUGCAUGGCAAGAUCCAACUCUCAGCUUCGAGUCUGUCACCGAUCCAAAGGUCCACGAAAGAUGGUGCAACCUCAACGCCUUCGUAGCGACUUUGCUCAGCACGGGCGCAAUCAACUGGCGGGAAUUGCCCAUCUGGGAACUUCGCGAUGGUCUGGAGGAGAGCCUGGAGGAGCUCUCCCAGGAAGGCAAGGACACACGAGUUGUGGUCGCCACAUUGUGGAUCAAGCAUGCUGGGAAGUUCAUCUGGGAGCAUUCACUUGCUGGCAAGCCGGAAGACUUGGAUGAGACUGAUUCAAGGAUGCUGAGAGCUGGCGAGCUGUAUCAAGGUCAGCCGGGGUAUUCGCGGGACCGAUGGGACUUUUGGAAGAAGCGCCUUGGGGAACUACGGAGCCAGGUCAGCAAUUUGCGAAGCUCUGCCAUUGAAGAAGCUAUUGGGGCCAUGACGGAACUAGAGGGCAAGAAUUGAAUAGCUUGGUGGUGAAUGGAGGACUGUCCGAGAAGAUAUUGGGACAUGGGCCUAUGGUCGCUCCUAUUUGAUAUGUGUUUAGAUCUAUGGUCAAGACGUCUGCAACCUACUCUGCUAGGAGGUCAAAUGGUGCACGGUGGAGAAAUGGAAAAGAAUAAAACUCGUAAAAAAAAUAUUUACGAACUCUAAAGAGC